AUGGGCUCAGCAUUUGGAUGGUACGGUCCUCUCAUAGACCUCCGCGCAGCCUCUUCUCACAUCGGCGAUUUCGUUCAACUUGUCGUCUUCGUUCAUCGUUCCUUCCCCGUUCAGUGCAAAUCGUCGAAACUCGGAAGAGACCUAAUCCGAACCGACAUUCAGGUCGGCGAUGAUACGACGCCGUAUUUCGUAGUGUCUCUUUGGCAGAAGCACAUGGGGUCCAUGGUAGAAGCUGGAGAUGUCGUUUUGUUAGAGAAUUUCAAGAUUGCAAAAUAUGGUGAUGUCGUUGAGGCCAGAACCGUUCAGUGGUCUUCUCUGCUUUGCUUGGUUCACCCUUACGAAUCACUUAUCUCAAAGGUUGUUGAAGAGUUGAUAACUGGUUGCCGUGUUGGGACAACAACAAAGGACAAGCUUAGUAGGGUCAUAAAGUGGGUGCAGCAGUCUCGGUCCACCAUAUGCAACAUCAAGUUGAAGUCCAAUCAACAAAUAGAGUAUGUGCCUAGAAACUGGACAGUGCUUGAAGAAAGAAAGCCUAGAGACUGCUUUUCCCUUCUGGAAGUCUCUCAGCUAGCAACAUCCUGCAAGGUUACAGUCUGUGCAUCUAUUGGUGAAAUUAUUCCACUACUUACCACCAGGACUCUUGGCCAUGCUGAGAAAGAGAAGAUUUUCCUUAGCAGGAGACUUUAUAAAACUGAGGAUAAUAACUUAUUGAAAGAUCUCUUAUGCACUGGCUGCCAGCUGUGUGGUUUACCCUUAGAUUCUGAAUUUGAGCAAAAUGUGAUUCCACUGAUUUGUUCAAAAAGUACAAGCCGCCUUCAUGCAGUGUGCUCGAUAUAUAGGCCUUUCAUGCUAUAUGUGUGGGACGAAUCAGAUUACAUGCCAGUUCUCGUUAAGAACAGGGCCGCAGAAAUCUUGUUUGGGAACAUCAAGGCUGAAAGAGUCUAUUCGAGUUAUAGAGAGCAAAUGCUUAACCGAAAUCCGGGUCCAAGAAAUAAAUGCAAGGAUAAUGAUGAAGAUGUAAGACUUGCUAAUAACCUGAGACUUUCUGGGGAAGGACUUUCGAGUGCCAGUACAUCAGAGGUGGGUAAGAGCUUGCAAUUGGAGGAAAAAUAUCUUCCUGUUAAAAAGUUCAACUUUUAUCAUGUUUGGUUAAUUUUUCUGAAAAUGUUGCUGAAACAAGGAAAGAACGGUCCUCUGAAGUUUGAGAUCAAUGUUGAUCCCAGCUUAAAUAUUGAAAAUGGAAAAUUUGAAAUGGUUUCUGCAACAAUGCCUUGCUUUGGAACCGAGUGA